GCAGGCAGUGGCUGUGGGCUCCGGGACAGCUGCUGUCUCUUCACAGAGCUGGAUAGCGACCUCUCACCUCUGAGAACAGCAUUUCUGGACCUGCUGACAGCCUCUGCUGCUCGCCUUACCUAGCGCAAUGUCAGGCCAUCACACUCCGUCUGCUGGGGGUCCCUUCUCAGCACUCACUCCCAGCAUUUGGCCUCAGGAGAUCCUGGCAAAAUACACACAGAAAGAAGAAUCCAUCGAGCAGCCAGAGUUCCACUAUGAUGAAUUUGGUUUCCGAGUUGAUAAGGAAGAUGGUGCUGAGCCAAACUCCAGCAAGCUUCUGGGGGUCCCACUGACGGAGGAGCCACAGCAGAGGCUCAAGUGGCAGGCUCAUCUGGAAUUCACACACAACCAUGACGUGGGAGACCUCACCUGGGACAAAAUUGAGGUCACCCUACCGCAUUCAGACAAGCUGCGCUCCCUGGUGCUAGCUGGCAUCCCGCACAGCAUGAGGCCACAGCUGUGGAUGCGCCUGUCGGGGGCCUUGCAAAAGAAGAGGAAUUCAGAGAUGUCAUAUCGGGAUAUCGUGAAAAACAGCUCUAACGAUGAAACCAUUGCUGCCAAACAGAUUGAAAAGGACUUGCUCCGCACGAUGCCCAGCAACGCCUGCUUCUCCAACAUGAACAGUAUCGGGGUGCCACGGCUACGCAGGAUACUACGGGGGCUUGCCUGGCUCUACCCAGAGAUUGGAUAUUGCCAAGGCACUGGCAUGGUGGCUGCCUCUCUGCUGCUCUUCUUGGAGGAAGAAGAUGCCUUCUGGAUGAUGUGCGCUAUCAUCGAGGAACUGGUUCCAGCCUCCUACUUCAGCACCACCCUGAUGGGCGUGCAGACCGACCAGCGUGUCCUGCGACAGCUCAUUGUGCAGUACUUGCCCCGUCUGGACAAGCUGCUCCAGGAGCACGACAUUGAGCUCUCCUUGAUCACGUUGCACUGGUUCCUCACCUCCUUCGCUAGUGUUGUCCACAUCAAGCUGCUGCUACGUAUUUGGGACCUUUUCUUCUACCAGGGCUCUCUGGUGCUGUUCCAGCUCACUUUGGGCAUGCUCAGUAUGAAGGAGGAAGAGCUAAUCCAGUCUGAGAACUCUGCCUCAAUCUUCAACACGCUCUCGGACAUCCCAAGUCAGAUUGAAGAUGCAGAUGUGUUGCUGCGGGAGGCCAUGCGCGUGGCUGGCACGCUGACAGAUGUGGCGGUGGAGACCCAGCGUCGCAAACACUUGGCCUACCUCAUUGCUGACCAAGGGCAGCUGCUCAACUCCAGCACCACUGUCAAUAAUUUAUCCAAAAUUGUGCGGCGCAGGACUCAGCGCAGGAAAUCUGGCAUCACCUCUCUGCUUUUCGGGGAUGACGAUCUGGAGGCACUGAAAGCCAAGAACAUCAAGCAGACGGAGCUGGUGGCUGACCUGCGUGAGGCCAUUCUCCAGGUGGCACGGCACUUCCAGUGUGUGGAUCCCAAGAACUGCAGCAUUGAUCUGACUCCAGACUACAGCAUGGAGAGCCACCAGCGGGACCACGAGAACUAUGUGGCCUGUUCCCGCAACCGACGACGACGAGCCAAGGCACUACUGGACUUUGAGCGCCACGAUGACGAUGAGCUGGGCUUCCGCAAGAAUGACAUCAUUACGAUCAUUUCCCAGAAGGAUGAGCACUGUUGGGUGGGAGAGCUGAAUGGACUGAGAGGUUGGUUUCCUGCAAAAUUUGUGGAGAUCUUGGAUGAGCGGAGCAAAGAGUACUCCAUUGCGGGAGAUGACUCAGUCACAGAAGGGGUGACGGACUUGGUGCGAGGGACGCUGUGUCCAGCCCUGAAGUCCAUAUUUGAACACGGACUGAAGAAGCCAUCUCUGCUGGGGGGGCCCUGCCAUCCCUGGCUCUUCAUUGAAGAGGCUGCAAGCCGGGAAGUGGAACGGGACUUUGACUCUGUGUAUUCUCGCCUUGUGCUCUGCAAGACUUACAGGCUUGAUGAAGACGGCAAAGUCCUCACUCCAGAGGAGCUGCUAUACCGGGCGGUUCAGGCUGUGAACGUGACGCACGAUGCUGCACAUGCACAGAUGGAUGUGAAGCUUCGUUCCCUCAUCUGCGUUGGACUCAACGAGCAGGUGCUGCACUUGUGGCUAGAGGUGCUGUGCUCAAGCCUGCAGACCGUGGAGAAGUGGUUCCAUCCCUGGUCGUUCCUGCGCAGUCCUGGCUGGGUGCAGAUCAAAUGUGAGCUGAGAGUCCUCUGCAAAUUUGCCUUCAGCCUCUCUCAGGACUGGGAGCUGCCAAUAAAGAGGGAGGAGAAGAAGCCACUGAAGGAAGGGGUGCAGGACAUGCUCGUGAAGCACCAUCUCUUCAGCUGGGACAUAGAUGGGUGA